UCAGGUCAUGGAUGAGACAAGACGGGAGAGGGGAAGGUUGAAGAACUGGCUAUCCAAACUCAAAAAGAAAGAGAAGAAAUGGUGGGUUUUAUGGAAAAGAACAAACAAAAGCAGAACGAACUGGAACUCAUGAAUGACAAGAUUGAAAGAGAGAAACAAGACAUUGAAGAAAGUCGGGAUGUGCUAACAAAGGAGAGAGAGGAGCUGGAACAAAUGAGGAGUGAGAUACAGCAACAGAGAGAGGAGACAGAAUCUCACAUGGAAGACCAAAGGAAAGAGAAAGAACAUUUGGAACAAAUGACAACGGACAUGAAAAAACAGUUGCUAGAGGUGGAUAAUGACAAGGAAAUGAUAGAAAGCUCAAUGGGGGAACUGAGAGUGAAAGAGGCAGAAAUGGUGAGAGAAAAAGACAACAUGGAUAACAAGAUGGCUAGGCUCAAAGAGGAAGAGGAUGGAAUGCGGGAAGAAAUAGGAAGGAAGAUGGACAUCUUAAAGAAGGAAAGUUGUGAAAUCAAAAGACUUAGAGAUGAAAUUGACAGUGAAAAGGACCAGCUGAAUGCAAAAUUGCUUGAGUUGGAAAAAAUGCGUGAAGAACUAGAUAGAGAGAAGAAGGAAGUGAACAACAGGAAGGAUGAAACACUGAAAGAGAAAGAUCAGUUGGAAGAGAGGCGAGGUAAGAUAAGUAAGGAGAAAGAGGAAUUGGAUAUCAGUCUAGAACUGAUGAAAAGACAAAGGGAAGACUUGACAAGCUUGAAGGCUGAAGCAGAAGCACAGACCGAGCCUAUGGAAAUAGACUGGAAGGAAAAGCUCACGAGGGAAAGACAACAACUUGAAGAUGUAAAGGAGGAGAUACAGAAGGAAAAAGAAGCCUUUGAGAGAAAGAAGGGAUUGACCAUGAAAGAAAGAGAUGAGUUUGAUCUGAUGAAGUCUGAAACCCAGGGACAAUUGGAGGAAAUAGAACAAAACAAACAAGACAUUCGUGUGGAGAAGGAAAAGCUGGAUCAGAUCAAAGCUGAGUUAGAAAGACGGUCUGAAGACGUAAAUCAGGUCAUGGAUGAGACAAGACGGGAGAGGGGGAAGGUUGAAGAACUGGCUAUCCAAACUCAAAAAGAAAGAGAAGAAAUGGUGGGUUUUAUGGAAAAGAACAAACAAAAGCAGAACGAACUGGAACUCAUGAAUGACAAGAUUGAAAGAGAGAAACAAGACAUUGAAGAAAGUCGGGAUGUGCUAACAAAGGAGAGAGAGGAGCUGGAACAAAUGAGGAGUGAGAUACAGCAACAGAGAGAGGAGACAGAAUCUCACAUGGAAGACCAAAGGAAAGAGAAAGAACAUUUGGAACAAAUGACAACGGACAUGAAAAACAGUUGCUAGAGGUGGAUAAUGACAAGGAAAUGAUAGAAAGCUCAAUGGGGAACUGAGAGUGAAAGAGGCAGAAAUGGUGAGAGAAAAAGACAACAUGGAUAACAAGAUGGCUAGGCUCAAAGAGGAAGAGGAUGGAAUGCGGGAAGAAAUAGGAAGGAAGAUGGACAUCUUAAAGAAGGAAAGUUGUGAAAUCAAAAGACUUAGAGAUGAAAUUGACAGUGAAAAGGACCAGCUGAAUGCAAAAUUGCUUGAGUUGGAAAAAAUGCGUGAAGAACUAGAUAGAGAGAAGAAGGAAGUGAACAACAGGAAGGAUGAAACACUGAAAGAGAAAGAUCAGUUGGAAGAGAGGCGAGGUAAGAUAAGUAAGGAGAAAGAGGAAUUGGAUAUCAGUCUAGAACUGAUGAAAAGACAAAGGGAAGACUUGACAAGCUUGAAGGCUGAAGCAGAAGCACAGACCGAGCCUAUGGAAAUAGACUGGAAGGAAAAGCUCACGAGGGAAAGACAACAACUUGAAGAUGUAAAGGAGGAGAUACAGAAGGAAAAAGAAGCCUUUGAGAGAAAGAAGGGAUUGACCAUGAAAGAAAGAGAUGAGUUUGAUCUGAUGAAGUCUGAAACCCAGGGACAAUUGGAGGAAAUAGAACAAAACAAACAAGACAUUCGUGUGGAGAAGGAAAAGCUGGAUCAGAUCAAAGCUGAGUUAGAAAGACGGUCUGAAGACGUGUAAUCAGGUCAUGGAUGAGACAAGACGGGAGAGGGGGAAGGUUGAAGAACUGGCUAUCCAAACUCAAAAAGAAAGAGAAGAAAUGGUGGGUUUUAUGGAAAAGAACAAACAAAAGCAGAACGAACUGGAACUCAUGAAUGACAAGAUUGAAAGAGAGAAACAAGACAUUGAAGAAAGUCGGGAUGUGCUAACAAAGGAGAGAGAGGAG